AUGAGUAAAUCAAAAGUUUCAGCAGAAUGGAAGAAACGUGUAAAAUCGGAAUAUAUGAGGUUGCGCCAAAUGAAGAGGUUCAAACGCGCAGACGAGGUGAAGGUAGCAUGGGCCAGAAACUUACGUAUAAUGUCAGAGGCAGUAGAGGCACGUGAAACCGAGAUCGCAGAACGUGGACGGAGACCGUUUUGGCCACCUCCAGCACCAACCCCUAGUCAUGAAAGCCUCAUGAAGAGAGCGGAAGUCACCUACACAGAUGCUUCAGGAGUCGUUACAACCCAACAGGUUCCGAUAAGGAUUAUAAAUUCGGUGAACCCCAUCCCCACUAUGUACACAUGGGCACCCACUCAGAAGAAUUUCAUGGUUGAGGAUGAAACAGUACUUCACAACAUUCCUUACAUGGGUGAUGAGGUAUUGGAUCAGGAUGGGACAUUCAUCGAGGAGCUUAUUAAGAAUUACGAUGGAAAAGUGCAUGGUGAUAAAGAGGGAGGAUUUAUAGAUGACCAGCUCUUUGUGGAUUUAGUACACGCUUUGAUGACUUACCAGACCAAGGAUGAAGUUGCAGAAGAGAGGAAGGAAAGAGAGUUGCGUAACUCAAAAGAAGAUAAAGAUAAAGAGCCAUCUAAAGAGCCGAAAGAUAAAGAGAAAGAGAAAGAUGAGAACAAGGACAGUGAGAAGAAAACUCCUAGUGACAAGCAGUUCCCCAUUUUUACUAUUUUCCAAGCAAUCAGCACCCAAUUUCCUGAUAAGGGUACCGCACAGGAACUGAGAGAAAAGUACGUGGAGCUGACGUCGCUGCGAGACCCGGACGCCCUGCCGCCGGAGUGCACGCCCAACCUGGACGGGCCGCUCGCCGAGUCGGUGCCGCGCGAGCAGACGAUGCACUCCUUCCACACGCUCUUCUGCAGGCGCUGCUUCAAGUACGACUGCUUCCUGCAUCGUCUGCAGGCGUGCCACCCGGGACCGAACCUGACCAAGCGCAAGGGGCCCGACCUGAAACCGUUCUCUGAGCCGUGCAGCUCAAGUUGCUACAUGCUGUUGGAAGGCAUGCGGGAGAAACUCGCCCGUGAGAAGGCGGCAGGUGAAGAGGACAAGGGCAAAGCGCACGCGAUGGACUCGCCGAACGACGCCUCCUCGGAAGACAGCAACGAUAGCAACCGCUUCCAGAAAGUCGUCCCGUGUGCAGGCAGCAACAGCAAUUCCAGCAACAGCAACUGGAGCACCCACGGCUGCCACAACAAGCCCGGAGACUCGGACCCAGCCUAUAAUGCACUCGGGCUGACACUCGAGGACAUUGAGUCUGAAUGGACGGGCUCCGAUCAGUCGCUGUUUAGGGCUCUUCAUAAGGUGUUCACAUCCAACUACUGCGCCAUCGCCCAAGUCAUGCUGUCCAAGACCUGUCAGCAGGUGUACGCGUACUGGAUCAACACCGGGCAGGAGGAGUGCCGUGUGGAGGCGGAGCUGACCCCGCCCAGGAAGAAGAAGAAGAAGCACCGCCUCUGGUCCGUCCACUGCCGCAAGAUCCAGCUCAAGAAGGACUCCUCGUCGCACCAUGUUUAUAACUACACCCCGUGCGACCACCCAAACCAGCCGUGCGACAACAUGUGCCCCUGCCUCCAGUCGCAGAACUUCUGCGAAAAGUUUUGCCAGUGCAGCAGCGACUGGAACACAACGAGAGGUGCAUACAGACGGUUCCCCCGGCUGCCGAUGGCGCAG